GAGAGUGUUAUAUUUAUCAUUUUUAAAUAUAUUUUCGUCUCCCACAACCCUCACCCUCCUUCUUCACUGGUCCAUCCAGACUCUGCCCAUGCGCCCUUCUGGUCACACCCAGAUAGCGAAUCAUACUCUAGUCUAGUGUGCGUGUGUGUGUGUGUGUGUGCGCGCUUUUCCUACAGAUCCAAUAGAUCUCGUCGCCCAUCUUAUAACGACGUAUUUUCUCUUAUCUAUCACUGUUUUUGUCGUCAUAGAUGCAUUGAAUUACAAGAUCAGGCCUUCCGAUCACUUGCAAUGAACAAAUUAAGGUGGUAUUAGGAUGCGAUAAUGCUCGAAUUGAAAUGGGUUUUUGAUUUGUAGCAGUGAAUCAGAGGAAAACUGCUCAAUUUUGAGAUUAUCACUAGGAUAAGUUCUUGAUUUUUUAUUGAAGUUGAAUUGGGUAUGAAAUUAAAGCAGGCCCUAGUUAAUGAUUUACAAGAAUUCAUUGAAACGCAAGCUGAAUUGAAGAGGGUGGGCUGAAGGUAGACUCUUUCGCCUUUUUCUGCAAAGGAGAAAAAUGGCAACUCCUGUUGAACCACCAAAUGGGAUUAGAUCAGAAGGGAAACAUUACUUUUCAAUGUGGAAGGCACUGUUUGAAAUCGACACAAAAUAUGUUCCCAUCAAGCCCAUUGGUCGAGGUGCUUAUGGCAUCGUUUGCUCCUCUGUUAACCGAGAAACUAAUGAGAAAGUAGCAAUAAAGAAGAUACACAACGCCUUUGACAACCGUAUUGACGCCUUAAGGACCUUGCGUGAACUUAAGCUUCUUCGCUAUCUUCGGCACGAAAAUGUGAUUCGUUUGAUUGAUGUGAUGGUGCCCAUCCACCGCAGAAGUUUUAAGGACGUUUAUCUGGUCUAUGAGCUUAUGGAUACAGAUUUGCAUCAGAUUAUUAAGUCAUCUCAGGCGCUUAGUAACGACCAUUGCCAGUAUUUCCUCUUUCAGCUACUGCGAGGCCUGAAGUAUCUGCACUCUGUAAACAUCCUCCACCGCGAUUUGAAGCCCGGGAACCUACUCAUCAACGCUAACUGUGACCUAAAAAUAUGCGAUUUCGGCUUAGCACGCACCAACAAUGGCAAGGACCAGUUCAUGACUGAGUACGUGGUCACUCGCUGGUACCGGGCCCCAGAACUACUCCUCUGCUGUGAUAACUACGAUACCUCCAUUGACGUAUGGUCUGUCGGAUGCAUCUUUGCUGAACUUCUCGGCCGAAAACCCCUUUUUCCGGGCACAGAAUGUCUCAACCAACUGAAACUGAUCAUCAACAUCCUGGGCAGCCAAAGAGAAGACAAUAUCGAAUUCAUCGACAACCCAAAAGCAAGAAACUUCAUAAAAUCACUUCCUUAUUCACCAGGAACUUCGUUUUCUCGGCUUUAUCCUCAUGCUCAUCCACUAGCCAUUGAUCUGUUGCAAAAGAUGCUGGUUUUUGAUCCUUCAAAAAGGAUCAGCGUGUUCGAAGCCCUUCAACAUCCUUAUAUGUCACAACUAUACGAUCCAAAUACGGAUCCACCCGUUCAAGUUCCGGUGGAUUUGGAUAUAGAUGAGGAUUGGGGGGAGGAGAUGAUAAGAGAGAUGAUGUGGAAGGAGAUGAUCCAUUAUCAUCCUGAAGCUGUUAUUGCUGCUGCUAAUGCUGAUACCGAUACUGAUGAAGGGGUAAUGUUGUGAAACUUGUGUUGAGUUUAAUAAGCAUUAGAUAUGAUGCAUUGCUAGUUUGUGUUGUUGAAUGAAUGCAUUAUGAUUAUACUCCAAAACAAUGUGUUUUUAGGAGGUUGUGCUCCUUCUGUUUUCUGUACAUAUCUCUGUGUGUUUUUUCACCCACCAGUAGUUCUUGUUGCAACUCUUGGAACUUUCUUCUUGUUGUACAUUAUGUUAUGAGUAUAUUACAACUAAAACUGCUUGUUAUCGGU